ACAUCAAAAUGAUGAACUAUUCAGUGAGYAAACUGUGAAUAAAUACUAUGAAUAAAUCCCAGUGAUAWUCAUCGCGCCAUUAAAGAUCGGCGUUCCUUCGAGUUGAUUUAAUAUUAUUACGAGUAUAAUAAUCGUCUAACAAACGCGUUAAUCCAUAAUAAUUGUGAAAACGACGAUGGUACAUCGAGUAUGAUAUCGUUUCAGUCACACACGCACUGAUUUCAGCCGGCUUUGAUGAUUUUCAAACGUUUUUUUAAUAUUUAUUUUUUUCAUCGUUGAAUUCGUUAUUUCGUUCUAAUGGCUAGAGGUUCGUCUUCUGGCGGUACCCAAAGCCCUAAAAGGAAAAACAGCAAGUCUAGUAAAACUAAAAGAAACCAACCGAMCUUAAAUGGAUCAGAUGCAAAUCAUUCCACAAAUAUGACUAACACAAAUACGGAAAAUACCAAACCAGUACAAUUGGCACCUCCUUCCACUCAGGAGCAAUGGACACUGAAAAAUCCAAUUCCCUUAGUAUUAGAAAUACUCAUCAUCGUUCAAAUGUUCUUUGUGACGUUGUUUUUCAAAACGUUCAAAGUAUUUCUGCCAAAGUCGAAGAAAUCUGUCAAGGGGCAUGUUGUACUGAUCACGGGCUCGGGCAGAGGACUUGGCCGUGAACUGGCCUUGUCGUUCGCCCAUCUCGGCGCCAAAGUGGCGUGCGUCGACGUGGACGAGACGAGCAACGAAGAGACGGUCAAGCUGAUCGAGUCUAAGGUGCCGGGUGCGUUGGCCAAGGCAUACACGGUCAACGUGGCAGUCAGCUCCGAAACGGCCGCACUGGCCGUCAAAGUGGAACUCGACCUCGGCCCGGUGGACGUGCUCAUCAACAACGCGGCCGUCAUUGUCGGCCACACGUUCUUGGGCGCCCAGGACCACACGAUUUCCAGCAUCAUCAACAUAAACCUGCUCGGACACUUUUGGAUGAUACGAUCGUUCUUGCCGAGUAUGAUGAAGAGAAAUAGCGGUCACAUUGUAGCGAUUUCGUCGAUUUCAUCUCUCAGCGGCGAAGCCAAACUAUCUGCCUACUCGGCUAGCAAAUGGGGUGUUAAUGGUAAGUCAAACYCUACGUACUCCGAUCGUACUCUUCCAUUGUAG